UCGGAGUCUCGGACGGAACUUUGGCUCAGUCGCCCAGGGUCCAUUACGCGAGUGAGAACAAGAGCGCCAACGACUGGAAGAGUCGCUUGAGGGUGCUGGUUGGUGGUGACUCUUGAUGUGUUUGUAAAGUUUUAAAUAGAUUUUGUGUCACAUGUAGUCAAAAUAUAUUCAGGAGAUAUACAUAGAAAAGUGAAUUGACAUUCAAACGAUAAUUGAUUUGUUGAAAUUUUAAAUAGUGAGGACAAAAGGUGGUAUUGACAAAGGUGUGAUCUCCUUUAGGGCAAAACUCUUUUGGUUCUGCCUUGGGAUGAUGACGGAAAUAGAAUGAGUGAACGAUCCUUUAAGAGAUAAACAAUUAUGAUCAGCAGUAAGUGAUCGAAGCAGCGUCAAAACAGCAGGCGAAUUUAUACAUAGCCAGUUUUCUCUCGCCUACAUUUCAUGGUUAAUCCACGAAGGACAACGCUCUGAUAUUCUUUAAUGGCGGUAUAACCGUGCGACUGAGUGAGGCAUAUUAAGCAAGGGCGGAGGAUUUCAGAAGCCACCAAGAUGAAGGACCUGUCCUUCCCCAAAGCGGGUUUGACCAGCGACCAGUUAAAGGGAACGCAGUCUCGCGAAAACGGAAACUCGCAGGAAUUCAUUGGUUUCGCCACUUUGCCGGAGCAAGUCCACCGAAAGAGCGUCAAAAGGGGAUUCGACUUCACGUUGAUGGUUGUUGGGGAAUCGGGUCUGGGAAAGUCCACGCUCAUAAACAGCCUCUUCCUCACAGAUCUCUACAAGGAGAGGAAAGUUCCCACCGCUGAAUCGAUGGUGGAAAAGACGGUCGCCAUAGAAAAAAAGACUAUAGAAAUCGAGGAAAGAGGCGUCAAACUGAGACUGACAGUUGUCGAUACUCCAGGCUUCGGAGACGCCGUGAACUGCGAGGAAGGCUGGAAGAGCGUCGAGCGGUACGUCGAUGAACAGUUCAACAAAUUUUUCCAGGACGAAUCUGGACUCAACCGGAAGAACAUCCAGGACCACAGAGUGCACUGUUGUCUCUACUUCAUUCCGCCUUAUGGCCACGGGCUGCGACAACUCGACGUGGAAUUCAUGAAGCGGUUGCACCGGAAGGUGAACAUCGUGCCUGUCAUAGCCAAAGCGGACACCUUAACCAAAUCCGAAAUUAAGAAGCUCAAGGCCAACAUCCUCAAUGAUAUAGAGGAAAAUAAAGUUAAGAUUUACCAGUUUCCCGAAUGUGAUUCAGACGAGGACGAAGAUUUCAAGCAACAAGACCGCGAGCUGAAGGCCUCGAUACCCUUUGCUGUGAUAGGCUCAAACUGCAUCAUAGAAGUCGCUGGGAAGAAGAUGAGAGGGCGGCAGUACCCAUGGGGCAUUGUUGAAGUGGAGAACUCUGCGCACUGCGACUUCGUGAAACUUCGCACGAUGCUCAUCUCAACGCACAUGCAGGACAUGAAAGAAGUCACACAAGAUAUCCAUUACGAAAACUUCCGUGCUCAGUGCAUCUCGCAAAUGCAGCAGGUAGCAAUGAAAGAGAGAAACAAAUUGAAACGAGAGAGCGCAGCCAAUUUCGACCACGUCGGAGAUGCUGAUAAAUUGUUACAACAAAAAGAUGAGGAGAUCCGACGGAUGCAGGAAAUGCUCAGCCAGAUGCAGGAGAAGCUGAAGGAAUCAGGGAAGGACCAGGCCUCGGCUCUUGGCCUCGAACCAGGCAAGCGGGACUCGGUGGUCAACGUUUGAUGUCGCACCACCCGAGGAAUCAAUCAAGUGUUCUUUCUACCAGUGUACAUGUUCGGUGUGUGAUGUGGUGUCAAUCACAGAUAUCCUUGUGGACCAUAACUUUAAACCCGGUGCUUUAUUAGUGACAUUGCCAGUAAUGUAUUAUCAUCAUCAUCAUUAUUAUUUCAUUUUUUUUUCUUUUUCCUUUUCUUUGGAAACCUUCCAUUAGGUGUGAACUAACACAACGGAAUAUAUCUCCGCGAAUCUUUGUGAAUAGGCAGUCACUGACAAACGUUUCCACGUUCAUGUGCUGAAAAGUGUGGUGUAUUUAUAUAGAUAAUGUGGUGAAAUUCAAGAAAUGCUUCAGUGAGACCUAAUGAUGCCUGUAUAAUGAUAAACCUCGUCUCAUCGUGCACAUAUCACACUUGAUAUACCAGUGCUCAUUCCAUCAUCCAUGCUCCUUUUUUAAUUUCAUGAAAGUUCCAGCGUUUUAUCACCGCACAACUGUAUAUCAUAGGGAGGCUUUCUGAGUGACUACUUUUUGUUAUCUAUGUAGACAAUUUCGGAAGCCUUGCGUACUACAGGGAAGUGUUGGCCUCUCUGUUUGUAAUAUCGAAGUGUUGGGUAAUUGCUCAAAUUUGCUUUGAUGUUGUGAGCUCCAUCCUCCCACCUUGGUUUUUCUUCUUCUUGUACUGUGGGCAUCAUAGCUGUGCUCCCAGGGUAUGCGGUCUUCCCUCCUGGGCUUAUGAAACCUACACCUUCGUUGUCAGUACCACAUGCUUUGAGUUUUGGAGUUUGACCAUUGGGAAUUUACAGACUCACCCUUGGGCUUUUUGGGCAUUAAAAGUGACAUAUCGAUGGACUUAUGAUAAAUAAUUCACCCUUGAGCUAAGUCUCAGCCUUGGAUUUUUUUUAUAAUCCCCACAUGGGCAGUCUAACCUUCGGGCUUCAGGGGCUUAGCGUUAGUCUUUUACGACCUCUCCCUUUGUAGAAUUUAAGAUCUCACUGUGUUCUGAGCUUUUAAAGACCCUUCUAGGGCUGGCAAGGACUCUAAGACCUCGCCAAUUACCUUUUAAAACCUCAUGAGAGUGCUUGUCAAGAACUCACCUUAGGGCUUGUAACCCUUAAACGUUUGUGUGCAAGUGUGUACGUAUGCGUUGUGUAAUUGGUGUUGGAAGCUUGGUCUAUGAAAACGAAUUGCAUGUUGGACAUUGUACGUGUUUUGAAUAAGAGGUUCAGUUGUUUCAAUAUUUUCUUUCUGUCACACGCCAUUGGAGGUUUGAUUAGAUUAAGCUGGCCUUAUUCCAGCACGGGACCUUGCUUGAAGGAUGCCCACAGGUGUGACUAAGGUGUGAAAGGGGAUAUGAGGCUUGGUGUUGGUCUCCGAACUUUGGUUGGUCACAGAAAUGAAACAUGCAGUUAAUUAUACGAAACUGAAUCUUUGUCUUUUAAUAUAUUUGCAUACGGCUACAUUUGUCAGAUUGCCGAUGUUCUUAUACCAGAUUUUCAUGACGCUAUAUUAUCAAUAUUUCGAUCUUUGAUUUUUUUUUCAAAAUUCUUAACCCUUUUCAGAGACAGACGUCAUUUUGUAAGGCUCUGUUAUUUAUCAAAAACGUUUAUUAACCAUUCGUUAAAACAUCUUAAAUGAUGUUUUGUCAUAUUUGUUUUAGUGUGUCCUUAAUUAUUGUAGUGUAUCAGUUGAACCUUCAAGUUUUAUAGUUAUGGAAAUAUGCAGCAAUUAAUUCUAUUUUUUGACUCAAGCAAAAAUGCGUAAACAAGCCCUUUACCGCGUAAAAAAAUUCAAUAUCGAUCGGUGUAUAUAUAUAUAUAUAUAAUCAUAAGAAAACCGUAAGCAUAACCGAUAAAGUUUCCUACAAUUUACUGCAUCUAAAGAAGCAUUUCAUCAGAAUCACAAAUUCCAUGACAUUUUAUUGCCGAUAUUUUCGUUGAAGAACAUCAAACAUAUUUUCUGCACAAACAAAACUGACGCCAGAAUGUUGUCAUUGGCACAGACUAUUUCAUUUUCUAUUAUGGAUAUAACUUAUGGCCGUUGUUAAAUAACACUUUGAAAUACUCAAAGAAAGACUGACUAGGAACUCUGAUGUUAUCUUUCAAUGGACAGGAAAAAGUUAACGCAAAUCAGUGUACGCAUUAAUCAGUGGUUGAUAAAAAGGUUUUGUUUAUUAACAAACUUAUGUUUGUUAAUCUCUACAAACAAGGCAGUCAUCUUUAAAAAAUAACACAGCAUUUCCUAUUUAACAUUUGGCAUCUUUAUGGAGAAAUUUGAAUUUUGUUUCUCUUAAAUGCUACUUGUUUAAAAUUUACUGUAAAUGGAUAAUUGUUUUUUUUACACCAGUCCCAAAAAUUUUGUAUAAAUGUAGCCUACUAAUUAUUUCAUCGUGAGAGAAAUGACAAAAAUGAGUCAUUUAAUAUGAAUAUGGCUAAAUAAGUUUAUCCCUUCAUAUAAUGUAGAAUGUACUCUGGAGAAUUGCUAAUUUAUGGCCAACUGGAAAAAAAAUCUAUAUGUAUAUCUUAUUUUUGUAGGUCAAAAGACUGGAAUUGAAAUAUUAUCAACCAGGCAAUUACAUGCCCAUUAUGAAAGCCGAAAAUACAGGAAAUGUUCAUUGAGCAAGAGACAGAGCUCUGAUACACGACAAGAUCUAGAGUAAAGAGAGUGGAGGCAUGUCAAAUUGAUUUACAAUAAAUAUUCCUGUUCAGCACUAAUUCACCUCUCUUUUAUAUCAAAAUAAAAGAAAACAAAGCCCUUGGGAUCUGAAGUACGCAGAAGGCCUGUGGUAACAACGGAGUCAGAGGUGGAGGGAGGAGGUCUGUGAAAGUCAGAAACAUGUAUUUUUGAAAAUCAGAAUAAGUGAGAUUAGUUCUAUGGUAACUAGAAAGCAAGUAAAGGAAGAAGUCAAGAAAGGCGUUGCGUGUGUAUAUGUGUAUGCAGUAUUAUGUAGCAAAUAUAACAGGUCAUGUUUCAGAAGGUCGUUAUUACAAUAUGUACUUGGAGUCAGUGAUUCACAAUGCCAAAAUCUAUAAGAAAGGGAGGAGGGGAACCAUGGUGUGGUAGAAGGGGAAGCCUUAGGAGAAUGAGAGGUAGACUAGCCCCUGAGUAAACAGGAAAAAACUAUGACGCGAGAGAUUUUAAAGCUGUUUGACUAUGAAAGCCUGAGAUUCAAGACUUGAGGGCACUGACAUGAUCAUAUUAUGAGAAAUGAAGCAGUUGUUGAAAACCCUGGUGUCUAAGGCUGAAAACAGAUUAGAAUGGUUCUGGCAAGUGAUGAAAUGGAGAGAGGGCCAGUCUAUGGGAAAAG